UCCGGUUCCGGUUCCCGAGGUAUGGCCGAGGAACAGUCUUAUUGGGUCACCCGGUACUUUCAUUCGUGAGUAUGUUACGCAAGUGUUCACAGCACUUUGUGGGUGCGAUGGGACCGCCGGGUGGCGGCACAAACAUGGUCACGUCCCGUUUUCUGCGCCAUAUGAACAUCAUAUGCCUGGACACUUUCGGGGACGAGACAUUAUCGAAAAUAUUCAGUACAAUCCUGGAAUGGCACUUUGCUAAGGGCUUUGAGGAUUCAAUUUGUCGUCAAAUUAAAAACAUUGUGAAUGCAACAAUGGAGAUUUACAAAGCCGCAAUGGAAAAGUUUCUACCGACACCUUUGAAAUCCCAUUACACAUUUUCCUUGCGCGAUUUCUCAAGGGUGAUCGGUGGAAUGCUUUUGGUUCCUUCGUCCGUCAUGACCGAUGUUGAUAAACUAAUCCGAUUGUGGAUACACGAAAGUUAUCGAGUGUUUAACGACAGGCUAAUCGAUGAUGGUGACAAGAAAACUUUUUUCGACAUUGUCAAAAACACGAGUUAUAACGUCUACAGGCAACACAUGGAAAAGGUAAUGGCAAUUUGGAUACCGGAAGGCGAGAAGUUAUCUGUCGAUACUGCUCGUAACUUAUUCUUUGGAAACUACAUGAACCCAGAUGCCGAUCCUAAAAUUUAUGAUGAAGUCGCCGAUCUAGAGGAUUUAGUUGAAAAGAUGAAUUUCUACUUGGGAGAAUACAACAUGAUUUCUAGGUCGCCCAUGCAUCUUGUUAUGUUCAAAUUUGCAAUAGAGCAUGUCUCCAGAGUUUCGCGCGUUUUAAUGCAGGAUAAUGGGAACGUGCUUCUGGUUGGUAUUGGAGGUUCCGGCCGACAUUCCGCGGUUAAAUUGGCGGCUGCGAUGGCGGAAUACAAUUUAUUUGAGAUUGAAAUAUCUAAGACUUACGGUGUUUCCGAAUGGAGAGACGAUUUAAAAAAAUUACUGUUGAAAGCCGGCGGAGAGGGGAAGCCCAUCAUUUUCUUGUUUGCCGACACGCAGAUUAAACAGGAGGCGUUUACGGAGGACAUCAAUAUGAUACUCAACACUGGAGAUGUUCCUAACUUGUACGCGGCCGAUGAGAAAGUCGAAAUACUGGAGAAGAUGCAGACGGCCGCCAGAGAAACUGGCAAAAAAGUCGAUAACACACCUUUGGCGUUAUACAAUUUUUUUAUCGAACGGAUUAGAAAUAAUUUGCAUGUCGCGUUGGCUAUGAGUCCCAUUGGUGGCAGUUUUCGUGUGCGGUGCAGAAUGUUCCCGUCACUUAUAAACUGUUGCACCAUUGACUGGUUUAUGAAGUGGCCAGACGAUGCAUUAGAGCGUGUUGCGAAAAUGUUUCUACAACAAACCGACAUUCAGAUGGAGAUGAUAGAGAAGUGUGUUGAAAUUUGUAAACAUUUUCAUACCGCCAUCGAAGUAGCUUCGGAUAAGUUUUACGAGGACUUGCAGCGUCGCACUUAUGUCACACCUACGUCUUACUUAGAAUUGAUACAGACAUUUAAAAGUUUGUACUAUUUAAAAGUAGACCAAAUCACUUUACAAAGAAAUCGAUACGAGACCGGUUUGGACAAGCUUGAUUUUGCAGCCGGUCAAGUUAGCCUCAUGCAGGAAGAACUGCAUGCGCUACAACCUAAACUGGUCGUUGCGUCAGGGGUCACCGAAAAACUUAUGGUAAAAAUCGAGCAAGAUACUAUUGUAGUGGAAAAACAAAAAGAAAUUGUAGGAGCCGACGAGGCACUAGCCAAUGAAGCAGCCGCAGCCGCGCAAGCUAUAAAAGAUGACUGCGAAUCGGAUUUAGCCGAAGCUAUCCCUGCACUGGAAGCCGCAGUUGAAGCCCUAGACACCUUAAAACCCGCAGAUAUUACUCUUGUAAAGUCUAUGAAAAAUCCACCAGCUGGCGUUAAACUCGUCAUGGAAGCUAUAUGUAUCAUGAAGGGUAGUAAAGCGGACAGAAAGCCGGAUCCGACAAGUGGCAAAAUGGUGGAGGACUACUGGGGCCCUUCCGUAAAACUAUUGGCCGACAUGAAAUUCCUGGACAGCCUCAAGACGUACGAUAAAGACAACAUUCCUCCGGCGAUUAUGAAAAGGAUUAGGGAAAAGUACAUACCGGAUCGUGAUUUCGAACCUGCGAAUAUUAGGAACGUUUCGACGGCCUGCGAAGGUUUGUGCAAGUGGGUUCGGGCAUUGGAGGUGUACGAUCGCGUCAUUAAAAUUGUCGCUCCCAAGCAAGAGAAGCUUCGCGGCGCCGAAUCGGAACUGGCGAUGCAAAUGGAAACUCUAAACGCGAAAAGAGCCGAAUUGAAACAAAUCUUAGAUAAGCUGCAAGCGUUAAACGACGAAUUUGCCGCGGAAACAAAGAAAAAAAAGGAUUUGGAGGAUAUGAUUGAACUGUGCUCUCAAAAACUUGUAAGAGCCGAACAAUUAAUUGGCGGUUUAGGUGGCGAAAAAACGCGUUGGUCCGAAACCGCCGCUUAUUUGCAAGGACUCCUCGGGAACGUGAUUGGGGAUGUUAUACUUUCGGCAGGUGUAGUGGCUUAUUUAGGUCCGUUUACUGUUGAUUACAGGACUGCCAUUGUUAAAGAAUGGAACUCCAGUGCAAUAAAGUUAGGAAUACCGUGCGCCACAAAUUUUUCUUUGGUAGUUACACUAGGCGAGCCUGUGAUUAUACGCGCAUGGAAUAUUGCGGGGCUACCCGUCGAUAAUUUUAGUAUCGAAAAUGGAAUAAUUGCCACCAAAUCAAGACGAUGGCCCUUGAUGAUAGAUCCCCAAGGUAAAUAG